AUGUGCGAUCUUCUUGAUAAGUAUGGGAUCUAUAAUCAAUUUCUCCCAAAUACAUCAGGGGUUUCCAUCUCCAACGCAACUGUCCGUGGAUAUUCAUCAAAUUCAUAUAUUUCAGGUGUUCCCGCUCUUGGUAGAUUUGAGUUAGGGAGUCUCCAAAUAGAAGAAUUUACGUUUGUAGCGGCGGAAACCUAUUCCGACAUCCCAGAGCUCGGACUUGGUGUGCGGUCUUUAGACCCCAUAGUAUUGGGGCAGGACAGUGUAAUCCCGCGCUUCGGGCUUUUAGCGGCUAUCUGGAGGCAGGAGUUGAUUGAGGUAAUGGGGUUAGGUCUGAGCUAUGAUGCAUACGUGAGCUCAGAUAUAAACCUGAGUCAGAUAACCCUUGGUGCUGUGAAUACGCAAAAAUACGACCAUCCUAUGAGAACGUAUACAUGGCCAACCAGGGAUGGCGUGGGAGGACUUGCUACUCGAAAAGUUACAUUGUCUACCGGAAACAUCUCAUCAUUAUCGCUCACUAAUCCGAAAACGGUCAUUAUACUAGAAGAACCAAACAUUCUAGUCCCUAGAAUUUAUCGAGAUUCUCUUUUAAAAGCUAUGGAUGCGUACGAAGGCUCGACUGGAAACUUUUAUGUCGACUGCAACGCCGCUGAAAACUUGGAUUUUUCACUUAACUUUGAAUUUGAUGGAAUAAACAUAACUCUUACAGCGAAGGACUUAAUAGGUAAAGUUCAAGAAGCAAAUGAGCCGCAGUGUAGAGUUUUUCUGGGUAGCUCGGAAUCUCCUGCAAAACUUUACAGCAGGGCUUCGGCGACCUUGUUUUUGGGAAUCCCGUUCCUGAGAGUCGCGUAUGUGUGGUUGGAUUAUCAAAAUAAUCAAACCAGUUUGGCAAAGGCAAGGCAGAGAGUUACAACGAAUAGCUAUGUAAAAAUCAACAAAGAUGGAAUUGUAGCUACUCUAGGAGAGCAGGAUGAUACUCCACCCGAAAUGGAGGAGCCAUAUCUUCCAAGCGAUAAUAACAAGACCGAAACUAAUAAAUCACCUGUAGCAGCUAUUGUGGGGGGGUCGGUGGGUGGGAUUAUUGUUUUAGGGAUAAUUGUAUGCUUAAUAUUUUGGAAAAGGAAGCGGGAUAUCCCCAGGUUGCAGCCUCCGGAUCCUCCAAUCGGAGAAUUGGAAGGAUACCAGAGGUAUGAAAUGGCUGCGCCUCAGGGCCGAUUCGAGCUCGUUGGAAGUGAGGUAUAUCCUAAGGAGUUACCCGCGGAUCGUGGUCCUGUGGAAUUACCUGUUCGGCGAGCACCCACAGAAUUUGUAGAGCGUAUGAAUGAUCCAGAUAACCGCGAUUCAUAG